AUGUCUUCAAUCAAGUUCAACACCCCUCCUGGCGCUGGAAAGAUUUAUGGCGAGGCCUGCCACUACUCACAGUCCGUGGACCUCGGCAACGGCAUCGUGAAGUGCGCUGGACAAGGUGGCUGGGAUCCGGAGACGGGCGCGCUCGACGCGAACGACACCAAAAGACAGGUUGAGCUGGCGAUCGAGAACGUCGACAUUGUCCUCAAGGCAGCGGGCCUCCGAGGAUGGGAAGACGUCUACUCACUGAGGUCAUAUUCAUGCGAUAUCCGGACCUCUUUCGAUUUUAUCGUCCAGGGCUUGAAGGCACGGAUUCCCGAUCAUCGACCUAUCUGGACAGCAAUUGCUGUGCCUCACCUGGCCCUUCCGGGAAUGUUGAUUGAGCUGGAGGUCGAGGCAAAACGUCAGGCUUAG